AUGCCCAGUUGCAUCAUGUCCUCGGUCCAGAUGAGGUCGGCCCCGGUUGGGAUUCGUCCACUGUGGCCUGUCUGGAGUUUCACCGAGGUGCCGACGAAUAUCCCUCGAGACACCAAGUUCCUGGACCUGCAGAACAACCGCAUCACUGAGAUUAAAGAGAACGACUUCAAAGGCCUUACUAACCUAUAUGGCCUGUCUCUGAGGAAUAAUCUUAUUUCCAAAGUCCACCCCAGAGCAUUUGUUCCUUUGAAGCACAUGCAGAAGCUCUACUUCUCCAAGAAUCUGCUGACCACUAUCCCCAAAAACCUGCCUGCCUCGCUGGUAGAGAUAAGGAUCCACGAGAACCGCAUCAGGAAGGUCCCAGCUGGAGCGUUCGCAGGACUGAAUAACAUGAACUGCAUAGAAAUGGGAGCAAAUCCCAUCCAGAACAGUGGAUUUGAACCUGGAGCUUUUAAGGGAUUGAAAGUGAAUUUUCUGCGUAUAUCAGAGGCCAAACUAACCGGAGUCCCAAAAGAUCUCCCACAGAGUCUCCAUGAGCUCCAUCUGGACCACAAUCAGAUCCAGGCUGUGGAGCUGGAGGACCUGAGCCGCUACAAACACCUCUACAGGUUGGGUCUUGGGUUCAACCAUAUCCGCAACAUAGAGAAUGGCAGCCUUUCCUACCUGACCAUGCUGAGAGAGCUGCAUCUGGACAACAACCGCCUCACUCGUGUUCCCCAAGGCCUCCCAGAGAUGAAAUACCUGCAGGUGGUUUAUCUCCAUUCCAACAACAUCAGCCAAGUGGGUGUGGAUGACUUCUGUCCUCGUGGAUUCGGGAUGAAGAGGACGUUCUAUAAUGGCAUCAGCUUGUUCUCUAACCCUGUCAAGUACUGGGAGGUGCAGCCAGCGGCAUUUCGCUGCGUGAGCGACCGGUUCACCAUCCAGUUUGGCAACUACAAAAAAUAAAAACCAGGCAGACGCUGGAAAAGAGGGAGGAUGAUUGAUGAAGGGAUGAAGAACGGAUAAUUUAAAUAAUGAAAUAAAACUUGAGAUAUGGAGUGAGGGGAAUUUAUAUCUGAGAUUAUUAAUUUUAUUAUUAUUGUUUUUGUAAAGAGGAUAAGUGAGGAAGAGGGGGGGCAAUAAACUGAUGAAACAGAGGAAGUGAAAAAUACAAUCCCAUAACUUGAAGGGAGUGGAAAGCAAAAGGCUUACAGGUCUGCACGUGAAUUUUGCUUGUUUUGAAUUCAAGGAUUUGAAAGUUUUUUCUAUUUGAUGAAGUCAAAAAUGAGAAGAAUGUUUUAAUUCUGAUGAAAACCGAGUGCUUAAAACUCGUGAAACAUUUUUUCACAAUAGUUCUUAUUGUAAUUGAGGUCAUUCUUCUUAUAUUAACAUUCUGGUUACGAUGAUGAGAAACGAAAUAGAAAAGGCAGCGCAUUAUAGAGUUUUAUAUAUAAAAGGUGCUUUUUAUAACUUUCUGUGUGUUGAUUUGGUAAAUACAUUAAGUCCUCCCUGUUUCACUGAAGCCAUUCGGCUCGUCACUCUGUGAUUAAAUUAUUUAUAAACCAGAAUUUGGGCUUUUCCCACCAUCUACAGACAAAGCAGUUGCACUAAAAUAAAAACUUCAGUUCAAGAUAACAACAAGUGGACUCAACAACAACAAGUGACGGGUUUAAAUUCUGCUAAAUAAAUGUGCCUAUUGAACAUAUUUGACUGAACCACCACCUUGUGCCAUUAUUACACCAUCUGAGCGAUACCUUAAUACAGUAUUUCAUACGGAGCAGUACAGUAGUGCGAGUGUGCCCAAGAUGGAGACAACACACAGUCCGCUUUGCUUUGAAACAGUGAGAGUAGUGUGUUCACUCUGUGCUACAAUCAGUGGUAGUGUCAUUGCAUCGUUUUGCACAGUUUUUUCUGCUUUGCCUUUUCUGCUUGGAGGUUUACUACGAGGUCAGCCUUUGGUUUUGUUUUGCAUUUGUAGACCUAUGUGGAAAUACUUUAAUAUGAUGUCUUACGUCCUGUCUCUCUUCUGUAAUCUGACAACCUACUGCUGCAUGUGAAUAAAGACAUUUUUAGUCUGCUGCAUUAAGUGCAAGAACAA